UAUGUCACAUGACCGUCCCUACAGGUCCUUCAUCCACCACUGUCGUCUCCACUGCUCAGCCCCGCCCCCUCAUAUGACGUCAUCACAGGUCCUUCACUGUUUUCCGGUCCCAUAUACAGAGCGGGUCCUGGUGGGUGGUCGGUGCUGUCGUCUCUUGUUGUCUCUGUUAUCAGCCAGCAGUGAGUAUGCCCUCCUGCUUUGUGAAAGGCUGCACGACUAAGUGGAAAAACAAAGAUCCAACAGUUACUCUUCACAGUUUCCCAUGGGAGCCCGAAAGAAUUAGAGUUUGGUUACUACAAACCGGCCAGUAUGAUGCGAAUAUUGACAAAAUGGUCCAGAAGAUUUUAGAUGGGAAGGUGUGUGACUCCUACAGGAUGUGUUCCAAACAUUUCGAGCACCAUUGUUAUACCUACGAAGAGGAUCGUCGAAGACUACGCAAGGAUGCUAUACCAACAGUAUUUCCACCUACCUCUGGCCUUCCACUACAGCAAGUGUCAACAUUGUCAACUACGCAACAUAUAACACCGGUUUGUACACCAACGACAACCAUUGUCACCUUCAGCAGUUCUUCUUCUGGAUCGCACACAUUAACCACUUCAGCUUUGUCUCUGGGUUCAUCUAUUUCCUCUGUAGUAUCGGUAAUAUCACCAGUUCUUCCAACUUCUCAACAACAUUCCACUAAAUCUUCCUCAGAUGUAGUACUAUCUGUCCCACCAAAUGCUGUGAUCCUACCGCCAACAUGGCCUCCUUUAGAAAUCUUUCCAUCGUCAAAUUCAAUUAGUCAAAGAAAGGAAAACUUGGCUCCUCAAAAAAGGGACUUUUCGACCAACACCAUGCCAUUUUUGUUCUUUCCUCCAAAGGGUCCGAAAGCGGAUUUGCGAAAAAAACGACGUAAGAGGUUAUGCACCAGCCUCCUCUCUUUCGAUGGUAUUCCGACGGAUGCAGCUGAACGUUUACCAUCUGAAGUUCUUCCCCAAAUGUCUAGUGAUCUAAUCACCAUUGAAAUACAAAACAGCGACCCAGAGGAACCAGAACCAUCAGAUCUUUCUUCUAACCUGGAACCAUUCGAGAUGCCGUCUGAAAUGUCCACUGAAAGUACAGGAAGUGAGGUCACAACCACUUCAAAAUGGUCUAAAAAAAGAUCAACACCGUUUAACCUACGGGCAACGUCACCAAUUGAAAUUCCUGAAUUUAUCACGGAGCAUAAUUAUUACUCAAACAUUAUUGAGCAAGAAGAUACAGGUCUAUCUGAUAUGUCCCCACAACCAACAGAGGGCAUCCAUCCUGACCUAAGUGAUAGUGUUAAGCCAUUUUCACCCAUAGAGCUUCGUGAUCAAAAUGAACCAACCCAUAUGGUUUGGUUUUUGCCCAAAACUGGUAAACAGUUGGCCAACAUGGCGGUCCCUCCUAUUUUCCCUAGAAAUCCUAAAACUGCCGAGUGCUCGUCUCUGGUUACUGCCCCACGAUUAGGGGAACGAAGAAGAGUCACAAUACCGGCUGGAAGUAGAUGCCCAACGUGUAACCAGAUUGUUGGGCCCAGACAAGAUUUUCAUCCUGUAACAUCAGAGCCAAGAAAAGAAUUUGCUGAGAAACAAAGUGUUUCUUCCAUUGGUAUAAAGGAAGAGCAGCCAAGUCCGAUUUCCGAGGAUACUACUCACCCAGGCAACUGCAGAGCAGAAAGUCACCGAAGGAGGAAGAAAUCUGUGAAUACUAUGGAUGAUCGGCUUGGGGAUUUGGAUAUUGACUUCUUAUCAAGAAUGCCGACAUGUGUGGUGAACGGAUGCUCCUCGGCCAACAGAAGGUCAGAAACUCUCCAUGCGUUCCCUAGGGACAAAGAACGAAUCCGAACUUGGUUAAGGGCGACUGGACAAUACUCCGAUAACCUAGAGGAGGGCGUGAACAAAAUAUUUUACUCUACAAAAAAGAGCGACUCGUAUUGGAUGUGUGCAAAGCAUUUUGCACCUUAUUGCUUUAUCUACAAUGCUACAACUGGAAAAGAAAUAUUGACCAAGAACGCUGUACCGACGAUAUUCCUGCACCAAAAUGCGACGGCCUUCCCUCCAGCAACGAAAAGGAAGCAUAGUGAGAUGGCCGCAUAUACUCAAGGUCCAGACUCUGAAUUCUCAUCAGUAGACGAGUCGGGAGAAACCGAAGAUUCACAAGAAGAAGAAGAUGAAGAAGGCGAAGAGGUAAUUUUUUCCAAAAGAAAUUUCGGCGACCAUCCUCCCUGUUAUAUACAUCCGGUUAAACAGCGGAAAUUCAUUGUCUUUGAAAAUUCUCUGGAUGAACUUAUCCUGAAGAUCCCGUGCCAAUCGUCAGAGUGCACUAGUCCAAUAAUAAGAAUUAUAAAAAAGAGGACAGGAUCUUAUAUUUCUAUCUUUGUUGAAUGUGCCGACCACGAUUAUAAUCUCCUAUGGGAAAGCCAGCCCACGAUUGACGGUAAACCGCUCGGAAACGUAAUCUUAGCCUCCGCAAUAUUUGAGAGCGGCAAUAGUUUCCCGAAAAUGAAACAAUUUUUCCAUCUGAUGAACAUUAUGGCGAUGUCGGAGAACGCCUACUCCAAGUAUCAGCAUAAUUAUAUUUUCCCAACAAUUGAGCAUUCCUGGAAAAGCAGCCAAAUGGAGAGUAUAGAAAAUGUACAAGGACCCCCUGUGUGUAUCUCCGGAGACGGGCGAUGGGACUCCUUGGGAAACAACGAUACGUUUUGUGUCUACGGUAUGAUGGAUAUGGAGACCAAAAAAAUCCUAUCUUUCGAUGUUCAACAGUCGGCAAUGGAUGUUUCUUCUCCUGAAUCGGAAAAGAUAGCGUGUAAAAACGCACUGGACUUUCUCUUGCAAAAUGAAAUCAGCGUCAAACUACUCUGUACCAAUCGCCAUUUUCCCAUAAGAAAGAUGGUGAAGGAGGAGUAUCCUACAAUUACCCAUGAGUUUAAUUUGCGGCAAAUCGCCAAAAGUGUGGGUGACAAAAUGCUUGAUGCCAGUCACGAGAAGGACUGUGAAGACCUCGCGGAAUGGGUUGGGGCGAUACAAAGCCACUUGCGAUGGUGUUCGGACUCCUAUAAUGGAGAUGAUUCCCUUCUCGUGGCCAAGUGGAAUUCUAUCCUCUACCAUGUGCAGAAUGUCCACGCCUGGGAGGACAAGGACGGUAAAUAUUCUUCUUGCCAACACAAGCAUCUCCCCGAGGACACGACACGGAAGAGGAAAUGGCUGAAAACAAAUAGCCCGAGCUUCAAAGCUCUAAAGAAAAUCGUAUUGGACAAAAGACUCCGAAAGGACAUGAAGCGGAUCUGUCAUUUCUGUCACAACGGAGACAUAGAGGUUUUCCUCAGCGCCAUUGUGAAGUACCAAAGUGAUCAGAAGGAGCAGCAGCACGUCACCAUCGAUGAAAUGUACGCACGCACUCAAUUGGCCGCCCUGGACCACAAUACUAACUGCAGAAAGAUCCGGGCCAUGGCACGGCGGUCAUCGAGAACAAGUGCAGGGUCCCAUAGAUAUAAUACGGCCGACCCCAAGGACAGAAGGGAACGGUAUGGCCCGGAGAUGUACGAACCCACCAACCAGGACUUCUUAAUCGAUUUGAUGCAGGAAGUGGUGGAAUUGGUUUCUGGGAAUCGCAGUUUUGAGUGGAGCUCACACACGUCCUCUGCGCCUGAACACAUAAUUCCAGAUGUGAAGCCGGAUGUAAAGUCCAUUGUUUUAGUAACGUAAAAGUCAACAGGAACAAAUGUUUUUGCUUGUUUUCUCUAGUUUAUACGAUGUACAAUACAAUAUGUUGAUUUCUACAUACAGUUCAUUUUCAGUCAAAAAAAUAUGCAAAAAACAAAACAAGAAACAAACAUUGGUAACAUUUCUCCGAGUACGAUCUAUAUGUUUAUGAAACUUUUUAGGUUACACAUUAGUAACUACAGAAAAUACGUCUGUUACCGUUAUGGCGUGUGUGAAC